GAUCAGUCGAAUUGGAGGGAGCCUUACCCGGAAAAACUCAGCAAAACUCUUGAGAAGGGCCAUUGGUUUUGCGACUUGUGUGCUACUUCCUAAUAUACCUAUGGCGUCGUCUCUGGUAGGAUCACUCGCAAAAUCGGUGUCGCGAAACUCUUCUUCGUGCCGUUGGUUCGCUGCCAAGCCUUCUUCUUCUUAUGGUCUUAAUAGGAUGACAGAAAAAGAAGAGAGUGUGGUGGCCUCUGACGAAAUACCACAAGAAGACGACGACGCCACUCCCACAUCUGGACUAAGCAGACCACUCUCAGAAAUACUCAAAGAACUCAACAAGAGAGUUCCCGAUUCCCUCGUCAGAGUUCGCACUGAAGCUGAUGGCUUCCCGGUCAAAUAUAUUCCCUGGUAUGUGAAUAUCUACAUAAUUCUUUGUUACCUAAUUCAGGAUUUGUGCCACUACUAG